UCCCUCUCCCUCAGUCCCUCUCUCUUGGCUCUCUCUCUCUCUCUCUCUGCAGCUUCAAUGGCGGAUUACACAAUGAGGAAAGGGUGCAUUUAGCUUCUCCUCGGCUCAACGGCUCACUUUGUCCUUUUCGACUGUUCGCGGGCUCUCUUGUUCCAGAAAUCGAGCCUCGUCGAGUUUCAGCAUGCAAAGAAGUGGCUGCCUCUGAUUCUGUUUCUAGAAUUUGACCAUUCUGUGAGCGUUAGGUUUUCUACAUUUUUACGCCUUUCGGUUCGUUGAAAUCAGAAAAAGAUAAAGGUGGUGGAGGAACGGAAGGGGAGAAGUGCAUUUUAAAUACAUUGGCGCCUACUUCCUAAGGAUCUCUGCUUUUGGUGGGAAGAAGAAGAAGAAAGGGAUGUUUCGAGAUAACGAAAGGUGGCAAUGAUUUUGAAUCAGGUUUCAAACUCAAACUAUGUAUAAUAUUGAAUUGAUCAAGCCCAGGGAUCCAAUAUGGCACCCGUGGAAGAUAACUAUCGACAAGAUUAUCACAUUUAUUACGAGGAAAAGGUUGAUCAAUUCAAUACCAACAGAGACGCUUCUGCCGUGAGUGCAGGAACAUGCGGGUAUAGCAGAACAAACUCACUGACUUCAACUUCGACCGCAACAAAUGAAGAUAGUGCUAGUGCAGAUGGAUCGCCACUGUUAGGUCAUCCAAUUCAAAGUUCUGCAAGCAAAGGGAGAGCUAGCCUGUCCAGAAAAAUGUCAAUGAGACUGAGGUCGGGGAACUUGGAUGACAGAUAUGAUGAUCCGGAGGCAGACAGCCUAGAACUACAGAAACUUGAAAUGAUGAAGGAGAAGUUUGCAAAGCUGCUAUUGGGUGAGGACAUGUCUGGUAGUGGGAAAGGAGUCUGCACAGCCGUGGCCAUUUCAAAUGCCAUCACCAAUCUCUAUGCUACUGCAUUUGGGCAGCUCUACCGGUUGGAACCUUUAAAAUUUGGGAAAAGGUUGAUGUGGAAAAGAGAGAUGGAAUGUCUUCUUUCUGUCUGUGAUUACAUUGUCGACUUUGUUCCUUCUUGGCAAGAACUUCCAGAUGGCAGGAAACAAGAGGUGAUGACUAGCCAUCUCAGGUCAGAUGUUCGAAUGAAUCUUCCUGCACUUCAGAAGCUGGACAACAUGCUUCUUCAGGGCAUCUUGGACAGUUUUGGGAAUACAGAGUUCUGGUAUGUAGAUCAGGGAAGCCUCCCAUCAGACGCUGAUAACUUUGGCCAAAUGACUCCUAGACAAGAUGAGAAGUGGUGGCUGCCGACUCCUAGGGUUCCUCCUCGUGGCCUCUCAGAUAAAUCAAGGAAACAUUUGCUCCAAAAACGUGACUCUGCAAGCCAAAUUCUGAAAGCUGCUGUGGCCAACAACAGUAGCAUUCUUGCAGAGAUGGAAGUCCCUGAGUCAUACAUGGAAACUCUACCAAAGACUGGCAAGGCCACAUUAGGGGAAACACUUUACAAGCACAUUACAAGCCCAGAACAUUUCUAUCCUGAGGAUGUCCUUGAUUGCCUUGACCUAUCAACAGAGUACAAUGCACUCGACAUAGCUGACAAAGUUGAGGCUUCAAUAUAUGUGUGGACACGUAAGGGUGUUUUAGCUCACUCAAAAUCUUCAUGGGAUUUGGUUACAGCUGAUGGAGGUAAAAUGGAUAUGCUCACGGAUAGAGCUAAGAGCUUGCUUUUGUGCUUGAAACAGAGAUGUCCUGGUUUGUCUCAGACAAGUUUAGAUACAGCUAAAAUCCAAUACAAUAAGGAUGUUGGGCAAGCAGUUCUUGAGAGCUAUUCGAGGGUCCUGGAGGGUUUGGCAUAUAACGUUGUUUCUUUGAUUGAUGAUGUACUUCGUGCAGAUGAAGUGGCUAAGGAAUCUACGGCAACAAAGCUCUUCAAGACAAUACCCUCUGAGUCUCCCAGGAUUUUUGAAGUCCGCUUGGGUAAUUCACCACAAGACUCCUUGGCUUAAAAUUGCUGACUCAUUGUAACUUGAUCAGACUUACUGGACACUCAAGGAAGAAAUGUCUUGCAGUUGUGGUUACUGUUUCGGUGAGGAAGUGAAUUCUGUAUGUGGUGGUUAUUGCAACCACAAGAAUAUGGCAUGUAUAUAAUAAGGCCAAAUUUGCAGCCAAGCCAACUUGUAUCAUGCCUCCCUGGAUCAGCCUCGUUUCAAAAUUUUCAAGUCCUCCUGCAUGGAGUAUACACAUUCUUUCUUGUAUUGAAUAUUGAACCUAGGUUGGGUGA